AUAAUGUAUAGAUAAAUGAAUUUAAUUGCAUAUAAAACAUGAAGGAGGUAUUUUGUAUUGAGAAAGAGAAAAAGAAGGAAUUGAUAAUAAAAUUGCAGUGUAGUAAUAAUGGCGACGAAGCAAGGAACACCACAGAUCGCGAUUCUAGGAGCAGGUACAUUUGUGAAGAGUCAGUACCUUCCGAGACUCUCAGAGAUCUCAAAUCUGUUCCACCUAAAAGCCAUUUGGAGUCGCACUGAGGAAUCUGCAACUGCUGCUGUUGAAAUAGCUAACAAACAUUUUAGUGGAGUUCACUCUAAAUGGGGAGAUAACGGUCUUCAUGACAUCAUCCAAGAUCCAUCCAUUUCUGCUGUUGCUAUCGUUUUGGCUGGACAAAAUCAGGUUGAUAUUUCACUCAAGUUGUUAAAGGCUGGUAAACAUGUUCUACAAGAGAAACCUGCAGCAUCUUGUACAAGUGAGCUGGAAACUGCAUUGUCUAACUACAAAUUGAUUUCUGCUGAUGCUCCUGGCCAAGUAAUUUGGUCUGUGGCUGAAAAUUAUCGUUUUGAGCCGGCCUUAGUAGAGGGCAAGAAACUAAUUGCUGGCAUUGGGAAAAUGAUGAGUGUCCAAGUUAUUAUAGAAGGAUCAAUGAACAGUUCAAACCCUUACUUUUCAAGUUCCUGGAGGCGCAAUUUUACUGGAGGCUUCAUUCUUGACAUGGGUGUGCAUUUCAUUGCAGGGUUAAGAAUGCUUGUUGGGUGUGAGGUGGUUUCAGUUUCAGCUAUGACAUCUCAUGUGGAUUUGACCUUACCACCACCAGAUAAUUUAUCAUCUGUCUUUCAUUUGGAGAAUGGAUGCUCAGGAGUAUUUGUAAUGGUUGUCUCCUCUAGAUCACCAAAGAUCUUGUGGCGAGUUGUUGGCAUGAAUGGAACCCUUCAAAUUGAGCGUGGAUUCCAAGGACAACAUGGUUACCUGGUUUCAUUAUAUGAUGCUAAUGGAGAAAGCAAAAGCUCCUUUUACCCAUUCAGUGGAGUAACUGAAGAAUUAAAAGCUUUUUUUAAUGAUGUUUCUGAAAACACCCUCAAGAAGGAUAGUCAGUUUGUGGCUGAGCACCGCCUCUCUUAUGUUGAGGGUGCAAGAGAUGUUGCUAUCUUAGAGGCAAUGCUUGAAUCUGGAUCGAGGAAGGGCGAGCUAGUUCAUGUGAAAAAGUUUUGAGGUAAUUGUAGAACUCUUUGCGUUGGCCUCUUAAUUCAAUAUCGACAGAUAUUUAUCAAGUGUAGGUGAACAAGCCUGUGGAUCAAGGCAAGGAGAUCAUUGUGAUUGGAUGAAGUCUUAGGAUUUGUAUACGUCUAUUGAAAUUGUUACUGGUAUGCUCAUGCUGAUGCAUCUGAACUUCUAAUAAAUCGAGGCUAAGUAUUUGAAAUAAUGCAAUGUAAGUUGAAUUAUUAUAAUGUCCCAUGCAUCUGUUGAUACAGGGACAAGUUAGGUGCUCUGAAUCAGGAGGCAAUGAAAAUGUACAAGGUAAACUGAAUUGAUAAACCAAUGCUAUAGCAGCCAAUCACAGAAAUUUCUACUCUUUCAUAUUCCUACUA